AGCUCUCUCACUCUCUCUUUCUCUAUAUCUUCAUAUAUCAUCCAUGGUCUCUUUAUUUCUCUGUCUUCAUCAUCUCAAAUCUGUCUUCUUUCCCUUGGUUAACAACUUAGACUAUAAGAAAAUAAGUGUUGAUAUUUAUUUAUUGGGAUUUAAACUGAUAUACAUUUUGGCUUUCCUUUUGUUUCCAAUCCUGAUCCUUUAACCAGAAUAGUAACACUUUUCAACUCAUCAUCUAUCCAUUACUGCAUGAAAACAAAUCUGCUUCAUUGUAUUUACUUUGGCAAUCAAUACUCGUCUUUGGGAUCCAUUUGCUCGUCAUAGGCUCUCUUCAGUCUACAAAUUAACCAAAUUGUAUUGAUUUUAAAUCAAUUUAUUCUUCAGUGAUUAACCUAUUGAAAGUGGAAAAUUUAACUCUAUUGUAUCAAACUGUAUAUUGGCCAUUCGACUUAUAAAUGCAAUAGGCGAUUGUAUGCCCUUUCCAGACGAGUGUAAACCGAUUCAGUUUAACCAGCUGAUUAACCUAGAUUGUACGCUUGUUUGGACUAAUUGUGAUAUUUAUGAUGGUCAAGCCAAUGAUUUGGGAAGCUGUUUUGAAACAAAAGUCCUGAUGUACAAUCACCUUGUUGUUCCAGUUGUUGAUAAACUCGAUUAUUCAAACUCAUCGCCAUUAAACUGGUUAACGGUUUACCCUAAGGAUAAGCAGCUAAACCUUUCAUUUGUAGUGAAUUGGAUUGGGAAGGAGAACCAAGACGAAGAAGACAAAGAAAUUGGUAAAUUCAAUCUUAUUGAAGAUCAAUUUUGACGACAAUGAACAAUCUAGAUGAAGAUGUUAGUUGUUUAAGUUCAAGUAGUCUAGUAGAGAAUGAGGUGAUUGUUAUAAAUGGUAAAAUCAAGCCCAUCAGUUUAUCUGACUCCUGCAGUAUUAAAUUGGAAGAUUCUGGGAGUGUUGUUGAUCAAAAUCACCAUCACUCAUCUCAUACCAUAAUCAAUCAACAUUCCGGACUUGGUUUGAUUUCAACUAGUCAACAAUUUCGCCGCAAUUCUCACCUUACCCUUGCAAGUGAUUUCAUUACCGAUUCCAACAAUAAUCAUGCUAACCUAAAUUCAACCCUCAUCCAUACCAAUAAUAGUAAUAAUAAUAGUAAUAAUAUAAUCAGUAAUAAUAAUCUCCACAAUAAUAGUAGUAAUAAUAAUAGUGUUAUUGGCCAGUCAAAUGGUAAAGUAAGCGUGCAAUACAUUAAUGUCUCUUAUCAUCCGACCACUGGUUUGUCAAAUUGUUCAACGGUUACAUCUAAUCCUGCUGUUUCAACAUUAGUAUCAUCAUCGUCAUCAAAUUACAAAAAUGAUGGUCCAAUGUUGCAUCCAUCGACAAUUAAAUUGGAACCUCUUGAUAUUUCAGAUAAGGUGGGCUUCAAUUCAAUUACAACCACAACAGUCACAACCACGUCUAAUUCAUCCAUUAAAUUGGAAUCAUCGUCACCCUGUGAAACCAACAAAGGAUCUUCAUCUCAUUUAGACGAUUGUUUCAUCUCUUGUCCAGUCGUAGUUGAUGAUUUAGAGGUUAACUCUUCAGUCGUUAAAGCAAACCUCUCUCUGUCUCAUUCCCAUCACAGCCUCAACUCACAUCUUCACCACCAUUCACACCACCAUCACCACUCUCACCAUACAAACCAUCAAAGAAUCUUAAUCAGUCCAACCGAUUUCCUAAGCUUAAACGAAGAGCCGUCAUCAGUUGUUUCCGCAGUCAAGAAGGAUGUUAACCUGUCAACAAGUCGUUUAGAGAUAAUUAAAAAGUCAAAUGAUACUCAUGAGUUAACCGUUAGCUUGGAUCGUUAUUGUGAAUCGCCGUUUCUCAUUGAUUCUCAUCGAGAAAUCCAUUUGAUUAGUGAUGAUGAUGCCUCCAAUACAGAGCGAGCAUCCCGCUUAUCAGAGACUCAUGAAGAGAUAGCACCUGAAGACCUUUUUGCUUCAACAUUGGCUGAUGAUCAACAUAACGUGAUUAGAGAAGUAGUUAUAACACCCAUUGAGUCUGAUACCAAUUCCCGUGCAACACCCACAGCAUUAAUUAUAACCAAAACCUCUUCAUCGUCAUGUUUACACUCUCCUAUUGCUUGUCCAUCUCCGUCACUCUCAUCUUCAGCGCUUUCGUCAGUUUCAUCCUCAAUUUCCUCCUCUUCUCCAUCCCUAUUAACUUCAACUACAGUUACCGAUGGACUUUGCCAUAAUGUUCCGGUAACAUCAACUUCAAUGAUAAAUGGAUUCGACUUGGCUUUGGUUAAAGAGGAAAAAUUUGACGAAGAAAGUGUUGAACAAAUGAUUGUUGAAGAUGGAACAGUUGACAAUGAUCCGAUAAUAGUGAACGGCAUUGUAAACGAUGAUGAUGAUGUUGAUCUAUUAAACAAUGAAUCUCGAUCAGCGUCCACAUCUACUGUAACUACUUUUAGUGUUCUCAAUACACUUCACAAUAACAGCUCAAUUAGGUUAACUCCUGAAGAGACUAGUUCCUCUUUGGAACUACGUACAACUUCACUUACCGAUAAAAUUACCACCAUUCCAUUACAAUCAUCGUCCUCUUCAUCAUCCUCUUCUCUCACCUCAUCAUCACCACCCAAUUUAAUGGUCCAAAUACCUUCUUUCUCUCACUUUGGAAAACAACAAACCUCUGGUUCUAAUUCUGGUUCUUCACUUGUUCAAAUCACUCUUCCACCAACUCCAACCUCAUCAAUAGCCACAACUCCACCUACACCAACAUCAACUUGCUUAACUCCCAUUUUAUCCUCUAGUAACUCUGUUGGACUGACAUCAUCUUCACCACCCUCAUCACUGUCAUCCUCUUCACCCUCUUCUACUUCGACUGGUCUUAUUCCUAUUACAACAUCUUCAUCUACAUUAUCUUCAACUAGUCCAGUGAACAAAUGCAAAAGUAACCUCAUCAACAGUAACAAUCCUGCUAAUCAAAAUGCAUCAUCUUCUUCCAAUUCAUCAACUUCAUCAUCAUCUUCACCACUCUCUUCAACAUCUUCUACCGCAAAUGUAACCCUUCCUUUGACUCCUUUAGAUAUCAAAAUACUUCCCGGAGGUUUGUUACAAUUUGCAGCCAAUGUCGCAGCUGUUUUCCCUUCCUCCACAAUCCUUCAAAAACAAUUAGCCCUGCAGUUGCUUCGAGAAGAUGGAACCUCAAUCAUACUGCCUCUAACUACUAGAAGUGGCGAUUCGAACAGUACAACCAUUAAUUCAGCAUUUUCCGCUAACUCUGGCAACUCUGGUAACACUGGAUCUGCAACUAGUACUGUUAAUCACAGUAUGCAAACUAAUAGCAAUACGAAGACUACUACUGUGUCAGUAUUGGGAAACAGUUCAGCAACUAUUGGAGGUGCAAGAAGCGGAGGAAUCGUGGUUGCAAGUUUGGGCAGUGGAGGAGGAAACCUGACUGAAACAAUACCUUCAAUUUCAACUAGUCAUAUUUCGCUGUCGAAUGAGCGUCUCGAACAAACCCAGCAACAGACAAUUGUUGCAACAACAAUUAGAGAUCCAAUCAACAGUACUAAAUUGUUGACAUCUACUGAAACUGGCCAAAAUCCUGAAAUCGAUCGACCUUUCAAAUGUGAAUUGUGCAAUUCAACCUUUACCCGGCUUGGUAAUUAUACCAGACACAAGAAAAUCCAUUCUCUCCCUUCAAAGGAAGAUCAGAGGUUUCGAUGCGAUAUUUGCGGUAAAUCUUUCAUUCAAAGAUGUGAUCUUGCCCGCCACUUACAUAUUCAUCGUGGCACUGAGCCUCAUCGAUGUUCCCAAUGUGGGAAGGGUUAUAUUAGGCACAGUGAUUUAGUUACACAUCAACGAUUCCACAAUAAAGAGAAACCCUUUGCAUGUCCUCAUUGUUCAAAAGGAUUUUGCCAAAGAGGAGAUCUUAAUCGCCAUCUUCGUUCAAUCCACUUGCAACUCAAGCCAAUCCUUUGUUCACAUUGUCAUAAAAAGUUCGCCAAAGAGGAAACACUUUUACGCCACAUUAAUGCCAAUCAUAGGGAUACCGUGGUUACUUAGUUAACCAUUUAAACCUUAAUUUUUCUUGCCUAUUUUUCAAUGUAUAACUUCGUGCGACACAAACAUAUCUUUUCUUCUUCGAUUAACUUAACAAUUUAUUUUAACUUUUGACCUUCUCUUUCUCUGGACAUUCCAAUCGAACAUUCGGAAUUCAAUUUUACUCUCAACAAAACGUAACCUUAACUCUUUCAUUCAAUCCUUUCCUUCUAAUUUGGAAACUCUCAAAUGUUGUUAAAAACAAAAUUGUGUUUCUCAUCUUUUACUUCCUUUCUCUUUCAUACUCUUUGUCUAACUCUUUUUAUAGAUUAAUCAGUUUUUUGGCCCUGUUUUGCAAUUAAAAUUCACCAAAAAUGAAACUUACAUUUGUUAGCCAUUUAAAUUUAAUGGUAAAUAAUCUGAUCAAAAUGAUCUCAAUCAAUAACCGAGUCGAGUUGGCUACGUGCCAUGAACACAAUGUAUACAAUAUGAGAUAAAAUACAAGGAAUAGGAUAAUUAAAUUGGAAUACAAUCAAAAUAUAGUAACUUUGGUUGGUUUUUUAUUUUUUGUUUUAUUCAUAAUGAAAAUUGGAAAUUUUGGGUUCAAGCUGAAGUACCAUUUCAAAAAUAAUUAAUAUUACAUUCCAAUUUCAUGAAAUAAUUUACAUAUUUGAAGACUUUAGUCGUUAGAAAAUUAAUUUACUUUUAAUCUCUUUAUUGGUACACGCAAUUAGUUACUUUGUAUUUAAACUGGCACUAUCUUCAAUAAAAGCUAAAACCUAAAAUGCCGCGUUAAAACAGCUGUUUCUCAUGUGUGUUUUUGUUUUUUUUGCAAUCAUGGAUGUUGACGAUUUGUCUCUUUCAUUUGAAAAUGUUAAUUACGUGCCCGUCUCAGGUUUUGAUUAUGAUUUCUCAAAACCGCUAAUACAACUCAAGUCAGUUACAAAACCAUAUCAAUCACCAAAAAAUUACUUAAAAGGAUGUAAGUGGUCUACCGAUGGAUCAUGUUUCUUAACCAAUAGUGAAGACAAAGUGUUGAGGAUUUACAAUCUACCCAAUGAAAUUUAUUCAACUCC